GCAGUUGAGAAGAAGAAAAAGAAGCAAGCGAGAGAGAGAGAGAGAGAUUGACUCAUGUUUUGCUCACAUUUCUCCUGCUUGUCCUGACAGAGGAGCGAGUUCUGUAUUAUUAUUAUUUUCCUCCUGUGGUUUCCUAAACGGAAUUAAAGGAAACUUCUUUUCGCAUGAUGUCAGACUGUGAGGGAAUUACUGUGGAUGACAGUGCCUCUGCCGCAAGCAGCAUGGAGGUGACAGACCGCAUUGCUUCACUGGAGCAGCGUGUCCAGAUGCAGGAAGAUGACAUUCAGCUGCUCAAGUCAGCUUUGGCAGAUGUAGUUAGGCGCUUAAAUAUUACUGAGGAGCAACAGGCCAUGCAGAACAAGAAAGGACCUACCAAAGUAAGACACAUAGGGCCAGCACUGCCUUCAAAGACUGCUGUUAAUAAUGGAACUGUUCUACCAAAGAAACCCAGUGGCUCUCUGCCUUCCCCAUCAGGAACCAGGAAAGAAAUUGUAUUGCCAACAGCGAAAAGCACUGUCAAAAGAACCAACUCAGCUGAACGAGUGUCUCCUGGGGGUCGAAGGGAAAGCUACGGAGAUUCCAAAGGCAGUCGCAAUCGUGCAGGAUCUACAAGCAGUUCAUCUAGUGGUAAAAAGAACAGUGAAAGCAAGCCCAAGGAACCAAUGUUCAGUGCAGGGAAGCGUCGUGUGACACAUUGCAAAGUAACUCUUCUGAUGUCAUUGACUCCAAAACUUCCCGAUUCGGAUGAAAACAAGGUUGGAUCCCUUGAUCUGCUGAUGGAGCAGCAGGAGACUGCAAGUUCUGAAUCUCAGGAAGGAUAUGUUAAAAUGUUUCUGCGUGGACGUCCUGUUACCAUGUUCAUGCCCAAAGAUCAAGUGGAAUCUUACAAUUUGGAAGCAAAGGCAGAACUACCCACCAAAAGGCUUAAACUGGAAUGGGUCUAUGGUUAUAGGGGCCGGGACUGUCGCAGCAACCUGUAUCUCCUACCAACGGGUGAAACUGUGUAUUUCAUAGCAUCUGUUGUUGUAUUGUACAAUGUUGAAGAGCAACUGCAGAGACAUUACACUGGUCAUAAUGAUGACGUGAAGUGCCUAGCUGUCCAUCCUGACAGGAUCACCAUAGCAACUGGUCAGGUUGCAGGAACAUCUAAGGAUGGAAAACAACUACUUCCCCAUGUUCGCAUUUGGGACUCCGUUACUCUGAAUACGCUGCAUGUCAUUGGGAUGGGGUUCUUUGACCGGGCUGUCACUUGCAUUGCAUUUUCCAAAUCGAAUGGUGGGAGUAACAUUUGUGCAGUGGAUGACUCCAAUGACCAUGUGCUUUCAGUGUGGGACUGGCAGAGAGAGGAAAAGCUUGCAGAUGUCAAGUGCUCUAAUGAAGCAGUAUUUGCCGCAGAUUUUCAUCCUACAGACACUAAUAUAAUAGUUACAUGUGGAAAAUCACAUCUUUAUUUUUGGACUCUUGAAGGAAGUUCUCUUAUUAAAAAACAGGGAUUAUUUGAGAAACAAGAAAAACCAAAGUUUGUUUUGUGUGUGACGUUUUCUGAAAAUGGUGAUACAAUCACAGGAGACUCAAGUGGAAAUAUCUUAGUAUGGGGAAAAGGUACCAACAGAAUAAGCUCUGUUGUUCAAGGAGCCCACGAAGGUGGCAUCUUUGCACUUUGUAUGCUUCGGGAUGGUACACUUGUAUCUGGAGGUGGAAAAGACAGAAAGUUAAUAUCUUGGAAUGGGAAUUACCAAAAACUCCACAAAACCGAGAUUCCAGAGCAGUUUGGACCAAUAAGAACAAUAGCGGAGGGGAAAGGCGACAUUGUGUUGAUAGGCACAACUCGAAACUUUGUUCUACAAGGCUCUCUUUCAGGAGACUUUUCUCCCAUCACCCAGGGUCAUACUGAUGAGCUUUGGGGACUAACAGUCCAUCCCUCCAAACCUCAGUUUUUUACUUGUGGGCAGGACAAACACAUUACCCUCUGGGAUGCCAUCAGCCACCGUCCAAUCUGGAACAAAACUAUAGAGGAUCCUGCACAGUCCUCUGGUUUUCAUCCUUCAGGAUCUGUAGUUGCAGUAGGAACGCUAACUGGGAGGUGGUUUGUGUUUGACACCGAAACAAAAGAUUUGGUCACUGUACACACAGAUGGAAAUGAACAGCUGUCCACAAUGCGUUACUCACCAGAUGGCAAUUACUUGGCAAUAGGUUCUCAUGACAAUUGUAUUUAUAUAUACAGUGUUAACGACAGUGGAAGGAAAUACAGUAGAAUUGGCAAAUGCUCAGGUCAUUCCAGCUUCAUUACUCACUUGGACUGGUCUGCUAAUUCUCAGCACCUCGUGUCUAAUUCAGGGGACUAUGAAAUCCUAUACUGGGUUCCUUCAGCUUGUAAACAAGUAGUAAGUGUUGAAACCACUAGAGACAUAGAAUGGGUUACUUACACUUGUACUUUAGGAUUCCAUGUUUUUGGGGUGUGGCCAGAAGGUUCUGAUGGAACGGAUAUUAAUGCAGUCUGUCGUUCGCAUGGGAAGAAAUUGUUAUCAACUGGUGAUGACUUUGGCAAAGUACAUCUCUUCUCUUAUCCGUGUUCACAGUUCAGGGCUCCAAGUCACGUGUAUGGUGGCCAUAGCAGCCAUGUAACCAAUGUUGAUUUUCUAUAUGAAGAUACUCAUCUCAUCUCCACAGGUGGAAAAGAUACCAGUAUUAUGCAGUGGCGAGUCAUUUAGAGGAAACCUUGUAUAUGUUACCAAGAACUGACCAUGCACCGAAGUUCUGUAUAAACUGUAUAUUUAAGAUUUAACAAUAUGGUUGCUGUCUAGCCUAGACACUGUGAUUUUUAAGUUUUAAAAUCCUUACAAACCUCAGGAAAACUAAGUCCUUGGCUGACUACCAUACUUAUUUCAGUAACUUGUUAGGCAUCACUUAAACAACAAAAAAGCUAUUUUCUCCGUGUGUCUCUUGUUGAAUAACAUAUGAAGCAGUACAAACUUCAAAUGAAGUCAUGACUUGGAUGUUUAUGCAAUAAAAAUGAACAGGACUUUUCAAUUAACUCGUUACAAGAAAUGUAUCCCAAAACUGCACUGUUGUGCUUCACCAUUUCGUUAUCUACCCUUUGAACUAUCUAACUACAUAGUUAGAACAGCUGUGGGUGAAAAUUUGAUGGUACGUCCAUUUCUGAUGAACGGUGACACCAAGCUGGGUGAUGCUGAGUGGACAAGCCAUUGAGCACUGCUGUUCUGUGAUAUUCUUUUCAGUGGGGCUUCCAUAGCUUUGCUAUGUGAAAUAUGUAUUUUAUUCAGUAGUACUUACUGAGUUUUCCCACAUUUAAAUAAAAAAGCAAAUGCUAGAAUAUUCAUUAACUUGCAUUUUUAUAUAUUUUAUUUUACAAGUGGGAAUGCAUUAUAGAAAAAGUUAGUUACAACUUAAUUUCCAUAGAAAUAUGUGGAAAGGGAUUUAAUUGCAACUAAAUUAAGUCUUACUGAUUUCAGUGGGACUAACAUUUUCUCGAUUAUGCCCAGAUUUUUAUUCUUUUUGAAAUUAAGCACAUUCUACCCCAGUUUUAACUUGAAUAUCUCAUCAGGGAUUUCCACUUCAGGAAACCUAGUUCAAGACGAAGACUUUUUUUACAUGUAUAUGAACCAUUUCUUAUUUAAAAAUAACAAACCAACUUAACCAUGUCUCAGUUGUUCAGUUGAUAAAAUAAAAAUAAACCAAUCUGUAUAUCAAUCAGCAUGAAUAUUACUACCAUAUACAUGUGUAAAAUUUUUAGCAAUUCAUGAGAAAUAGUAAGGCAUUUUAAGCUUUACUUGUCUAUUGCUUAAUGGAUAUUGUAUAUUCGUAUUUUAAGGCCAAGUAGACCACAUAUUAAAAAAAAUAAGCGUACCAUAAACCUGCAAAGGAGAUGAGGAAGGACACACAAAUGAACCAUUCAGUAGGCCAGUUGGACUGCACAAGCAAUCCAAAUAGUUUCUUGGGGCUACAGUAUUUUUAAGGGAUAUAGUGAAACAGUGUGCAAUUCAGGAAGCCUGAGCCCAAGGAUCCUGAGCAAUUUUGUAGAGAAUGCCUGGCCUCUGGUCAAACGAUGCAGCAGCCAGUUGGGAGCGCAAAAUGUAGGGGUGCCCUUUCCAUUGAUUGAUGACUUCACUCUUCACACCCUUCUCACUCACACACAUGCACUGUGUGUUUUGCAUGAACCAAUAUUUGUAGUAUGAAAUAAGACUGUGUAUUACAAUGAAGUAAGCGUGGAGAUGGUCUCAAAUAGUUCAGAAGGCCUUAUCAGUUUUGAUUGUGACACAGAUGGAAAUGUAUUGUUUACAUUGGGGAAUGUAUCUCAUGAUUUUAAAUGCACAGAAUUAUAAACAGGCUCUGAAAAGAAAGAAAUAGUAAAGUUUUUCUUAUAAAACAGGAGAGGAGACAUGUGAAUUAAUUGAGCUCUUAAGCACGGGUUGUUUAGAAUUAUUUCAAUGAAGAUAUAAUAAGUUUUGAAGCUUUUUUAUUACAUCUCCAACUUGCUACACUGAACGUGCAGGACACCAAUAAACAUCAUGUAUCAAGGGGA